UGGGACUUGUACUUCCUUUCAUUCCCUUCGUACCAUUUCCAACUUACCGGGUUGGUAGGAAUUAUACCAAAACCAGCAUUCUGUUUCUGAUCGCUCAAAAGUCCCUAGAAAGGAGAUAUAUUUACUUCUUUUUUUUACUUUUUAACUAAUAACAUAGGGAAAAGAAAGGAAUAGCCUGAAUAUCUUUACUACGUCUACUUUUAUACCCAUACUUUUAUACUGCAAUCAUUGGCGCCUGAAAGACUGGAAAGCUCACCAAAAAUAGAAGGAAAAGCCUAAACAUAUUUCAAUUUGAAUUUAUUUCUUUCUAGAAUAAAUAUAAUUUGGUAUAGUCGGAGAAACAAAAACUAUGUCGGCAAUUAUCAGCAAUUCUUUCAAAUCCCCUUCAAGAUUCCUUCAAUCUGGAAUCGUUGGUUUAGCAUCCUUUUCAAUUCGGUUGCAGAUCCCAUAUUUUGGAUUACAGGAUUUAUGGAACUCUAUUUUGCUAGCCGUUCCAAAGAAGAAAACCUCGUAUUCGAAAAAGAGAAGUCGUUUUCUCGCUGGUAAAGCACUAAAAGAUAAAACGAAUUUGAAUCGAUGCCCUGUCUGUGGGUCCUUCAAAUUGACCCAUCAUGUGUGUCCUUCUUGCUAUAAGAGUCUUCGCCAGGAAUGGAAAUCCCAAGACCUCUAAAGUUAUUGAUUUGCCUAUGUAUUCAAUCCGGGAUUAUGAUCUGCUUCGUUUACAGAGCCCUUUUUUUUUGUCAAAAAAUUUAAUAAACUAAUAAGCUUGACGUGAACUACUGCUAAAGGAGCUUUGUUCGUGAGCUCUACAUAUCGUCUGCUCCAGUGUUCUGAAGAAAACCCUGCUCGUAACACCUUUUAAUGCUGAAUACUUUGAUUAAGUCUGAGUGAACUCUUUUUGACUUUGUAUUUCUAAACGGCUUAGUUUAUAUUCGGAAUACCUUUUUUUUUAUGAAUGCAAAUCAAGUGUAUCAGAACUCCCCUAUCAAGUUCAAGUUUGCGUCCAUAGCGUUUUCAGUUUUAAAAUUAAAUACAUGUUUUGUUUUUAGUCCAAUGCAUACUACUGUAAUACUCUUUUACAAAGCCAA